AGAUUUACCACUCAUAAAAGCGAACCUGAGCACCAUUUUUUUUCCCUCAAGGACCACGAUGAGGAAAACGUCCUACGUCCUCACUUUCUUUGCUGUGGUAGCCAUUCUGGUCAUUAACAUCGUAUCCUCACGCCGUUCGGACUGGCUCACUACAAGCUAUGAAAUCUUGAACGCAAAAGUCACCGUUCGCUACGGCUUGAUGGAAAGGUGCGAACGUCAGGUGGUCAAGAUUCCUGGCCCAGGCAAUGGCGGGUUCGAAUAUACAGAUUACGAGUGCCGACCGUUCCCUCGCUCUGUUAGCGAUAGCUGUGACGACGAAAAUCGUUUCUUUUGCGCUGCCUGGACCAGUGCGCAGUAUUCUACCGAGUUGGGCAUAGGCUUCGCCGCCUUGGCCUUGGUUUCCCUAUUAAUAGGCGUCAGUACCCACUCUCGAAGGAGACGCGUGUGGAGGGCUGUUGC